AUGGCUCCAGCUCAGCCUCGAGGGCCCGGGCUAUUUGUAGCUUUGGCCUGUGAAGAUGCUUUUGCUCAUCACUUACCGACGCUCGCAGAUGCCAACAAUCUCAGCGACCUCCCAGGAAGCAUAGUUGCUCAGACCAAGCUGCUUGAAUUUGCCCUCCUUGUACAGCUGGUCGCAUGCCUCGAGGGUCACCUCAUAACUCGUGGCGCGGUCAGGUGCGUGGAGAUAGAAGAUGUCGGCGGAAGUGACGCCCAGCUUCUCCAAGCUCACGUCCCAGGAUGCUCGCAGUUUCUCCGGAGCGUGAUCUCCAGGGCUCUGGGGCAUGCACUUAGAGGCAAUUUUAAAACCACGCUCCUUGAAACCGGCCUCGCGGGUGAAGCCUUCCUGCUUGCCGGCGACGUAGAGGGCAGCGGUGUCGAGCUCGUUGUAGCCCUUGGAGGUGAGGAAGUCGAGGCACUUCUUGUACUCGUCGAGAGAGGUGAUGCGGGCGCCGGCGGCGGCAUCGGGACCAAUUGUCAUGGUCCCGAGGAUGAGACGGUUCUUAGUAGCCAUGGCGAAUGCGACGAGUAA